UGGACGGUAAAUGAUCUUAAAUACUCCAGGAUGGGUUGAGUGCCUUGGACGGUAAAUGAUCCUAAAACACUCGGUAGUAUGAAUCAAAGUUAGACUAUAGCUUGUGAGCUAGGUAACCGGGAAAGGAGUGAGAAAAGUCAGGUAAGAACUUUAUCUCUAAAAGACUCUUUAAAGUAAAUGACCUACGGGUUGAGUAUUUUACGAGUAUAUAUACAGUAUGUAUCAUCGGGUGGAUGAGGGACAUCUAUAUGUAUAUAUCACCCUAUUUUUGGGUCUCGUGUCUGAAACAUUAGUUAUUCUUCAUAUAGCCUGCUUGUCACUAGUACUUCUAUGGAGUACUGACCCCUCCGGGGGGCCUCACAUUUUUCAGGUUGAGGCUAGAGUCCUACUACCUGCACCUUUGCCUAGGGUGACUGAUCGAGAAGGAAGACGUGGUUCGUGCUUCCAUUCUUAUUUCAAAUGUAUAAACCGCUCAUGGAUUUUUGAACAAUAUUUUCAUUAAAACAAUUGGGGGCCUGCGUGCCCGUGUUUGCCACGUGUGGCUAAGUAUCAAACAUUUUAUUAUUCCGCAUUUGUUUGAUUAUGAUAUUGAUGUUGAUUGUAUGUGUUUACUAAUCGGUUUGGCAAUAGAAUCGAUCGGACGCCUUGUACAAUCCAAUAGGGGUGAACUGUUGUUGUUCCUAUCGGGUUGUACAGCGGUUGUCUACGUGGCUCGGAUGCGGUCCGGGGCGUGACACUAUUCAACGAGAUCGUUGACGGCCACGAGGUGAUCUCCCAGGCUAUCCCCGACGAGGACCGGGCUUACCUGAAGAAGCUCGGCAACGUCAAGAUGUACGAUGGUGGGAUGGACCACAUCGUCCUAGGCGCCUUUAUGUUGAUGGAAAGCAACAGAAGGCAACAAAGGGAGAUUGCUCAUUGAAGCAAAUUGAGCAGAAGGUGGCUUCGGCCGACGAGGCCCGAGAGUGAAAGCCUGAAGAAAAGGGCUGAUGAAGCUGAUCUGCUGGCCGUCGAGAAGGAUGGGGCCCUUCAGCGCUUGGCCGAUGUGGAUCGGGCUCGUGAUGAGGCUCUUUGUCGUGCUGAGGAGGCCGAGAAGGGUAAGGCUGAUGCAGAGCUGGCCCUGAGUGUUGCCGAAGAGAAGGCUGUUGAGGCCGCUGUGCAGAAGUUCCUCGAAGUUGGCUGGAAGGACGAGGACCGGCUCCCCUGGUGCUUCGACGUCGUGGCGGCGAGGCUCGUCGACUGGGUGAAUAAGUCCCCUGACGGCCAGGCGUACUGGGAGAAGGAGAUGAAGGUCUUCUACGACCUUGGCCAGCACCGGAUGCAGCGGUUGCUCUAUCAGAGGCUCCAACAUCGUUUCUUGGAUUUGGGGGUUGCCAAGGAGUGGGCCAUCGGCCUCGAGCUGCCUUCGAUGAUGAGGCAUCCUGAAGUAGAGUUGGAGCUCCCUGCGGCGGAACGGCAACUCCCGAUUGAGAGCUCUCAGGCCAGCGAUGACUGGGCCUAUGAGCCGAGCAUGUUCGAAGACACUGCCACGUCCGGUGCUGUUGCCGAUGUGGCCACUUCCCAGGCCGAAGAGAAAACCGGUGCUGAAGGGGACUCAGAAGCCCCGCCAGAGCCAUGAUUCAUUGUAUUACUGCUUUUGACUUUUCUUAUGUAACGGCCAAGAAGCCCACAUUGUAUCCCUUUGUUUGUGAAUGAAAAUACACCUUUCUC